AUGAUACUUGCAAUUGGAGCUGAAGCGCCUGCCGACAAAAACAGUAGCCCAGUACCUGGCACUUCCAACAGCCCGGCGUUGCAGCUAGGCACAUCUAGCUCGUGUAUUAGCCUUACCCAAGACGACAAUAUCUCUCGUAACUUAUGGGAUGAAGCGUAUUUGAUUCUCAGCAAAGAAGACCCGAGGCUCUUCCAAAGAUAUGAGGAGAUCAUAGCCACAGAAGGAGACGGAAAUGGUGACCUUGGGCAAAAGAAUUUAGCUGCUACUGGAUCAUAUCACCGCGAGGAGCAGCUUCGGCAAAUAGCGAAGAACAAGAUUGAAGAAAUCAAUCUGGCACAAUGGAAAGUCGAUAUCGGUAGUCAUUCCAUUGACGUCAGUGGGCAAUUCGACAACGCUGUGAAGAUCAUGAUUGCAAUCAAGGAUUUCGUAUCCUCAGCUGUCAGCUCCGAGCCUCACGCAGCACUAGCAUGGGCUGGAGUGUGUAUUUUCUUGCCGCUACUCUUAAACCCGACACAGCAAAAGUCGGAUGCCCAUGAUUGCCUCGAGGCCAUACCCUUCAUUGUGCGGAGGCUAAGGGUUAUGGAGAGACUGAUCAGACCAGGAAAGUCCGGAUUGACUGAGAGUGGCUAUCAUGUCGAUAGCUUGGAGCUUGUUCGAGACUUUGAAAAUACAGCCGUGGAGUUGUAUAGGAGAAUUCUCGAAUUCCAGAUCCGAUUAGCGAAGCAGCACUCAUGGAGUUGGGCAAAACGCUAUGGGCGAGGUGUUUUCGAAGUCGAUGUCUGGACAAGUUUAACGGGCCAGAUUAAGGCCCUUGAGAUAAAGUGUGCCGAGCUUGCUCAGGAUCUGAGUCACGAAAAUAUCGAAAGGGCUUUACAAGACAGCGAGCGCAAUAUGCAAUGUGGGUUCCAAAGGGUCCAGCAAGAGAUCGAGAGGACAGCACGCGGUAUUGAGCAACAGACCCUGAUGCAAUCAGUUUGGCGUCAGACCGACGAAGAGCGCAGGUGUGUACAACUCUUCCGACAAUCGAACGCAUAUGAGAACCAAAAGAACAGAACGCCGCGAAGGGUAUUGGAGACAGGAAAGUGGUUCUUGGACAAUAAGAAGUUUCUCGAUUGGCGAGAGAACGAAGGCUCCGAUCUUCUUUGGCUGUCUGCUACGCCCGGCUCGGGCAAAUCCGUUCUGGCAAGGACUCUCAUUGACGAGGGUCUGGUUAUCUUGAGUAAUCAAAAGCAGACUGCGGUCUGCUACUUCUUCUUCAAAGAUAUUUCCCCAUACCAAAGAAGCGCAAUAAGCGCCCUGUCUGCGAUUAUGCACCAGUUGUUCUCUGCAUUUCCAUCACUGAUAAGACAUGCGCUUAUUCCCUAUGGGCUCAAUGGGAAGGAGCUACUUCAAUUGUUUGACGCGAUGUUUGACAUACUUUGUGAGGCAGCUGCUGAUCUAGCCAUCGAACAAGUUGUGUGCAUACUGGAUGCUCUCGACGAAUGUGAUGACGAUGACCGAGUCCGCCUCGUUGAAACAAUUACAUCUUUCUACCAUGAGGCCAUGAAAGCCCCAAAGGAUCGGCCCAAGCUGAAGUUUCUUUUGACCAGCCGCCCCUAUUCCACUAUAUACUCGCAAUUUCACGAUGUCAUGAAAGAGACUCCUACAAUCCAUUUGUCGGGAGAUCAAGAAUCCGAAAGGAUAAAAGAUGAGAUUAAUCACGUCAUUGAUGUCGAUAUCCCCAAAAUCGCUGCUAGAAAGGGAUUCGAUGGAGAGGCAACAGAGUACCUACUCGAGCAAUUUCAUCAAGUUGACAACAGGACAUAUCUGUGGCUAAGCCUGGUAAUGGAAGAGAUUCGCCUCAGUGAGCGGCCAGCCAAUAAACGGGAACUGCGUAAGAUUACCUCGGACUUGCCGCGGAGUCUGGUUGAUGCUUUCGAUGCUAUUCUGAAGAGAUGUCGCCAUCGAGAACUUGCAAGGCAGCUCCUGCAUACAUUCUGGCGGCUCGGGAGCCUUUGA